GGGGUUACGCUAGGCCCCGCCCUGGCCCCGCCCAUCACCGGAAAUGAGGCAGCGGAAGUAGUAAAAAGCUCUCCGAGGGAGGCGGGAGCGCCGCGGAGGUUCCUGGCUGGUGGGAUGGCAGAUGAAGAAGAGGAUCCCACCUUUGAGGAAGAAAGUGAAGAAAUUGGAGGAGGUGCAGAAGGUGGACAGGGUAAAAGAAAGAGACUUUUUUCUAAAGAAUUACGGUGUAUGAUGUAUGGGUUUGGAGAUGACCAGAAUCCUUAUACUGAGUCAGUAGAUAUUCUUGAAGACCUUGUCAUAGAAUUCAUCACUGAAAUGACUCAUAAGGCAAUGUCAAUUGGAAGACAAGGUCGGGUACAAGUUGAAGAUAUCGUCUUCUUGAUUCGAAAGGACCCAAGAAAGUUUGCUAGGGUUAAAGACUUGCUUACUAUGAAUGAAGAAUUGAAACGCGCUAGAAAAGCAUUUGAUGAAGCAAACUAUGGAUCUUGACACCUUUUGUACUUUCUGAAGCUUCAUUAUCUUCUGGGGAAACCAUACUUAGUAACUAUAUUUUCCACAGUAAGGCCCUGCCUAAUACCUAACCAUGUGAAUGAAAAAUGGAGAACCACAAAGUUUUCAGGCUUUAUUUUCACGUUUUCAAUUUUAGAGUGAUAUAUGAGCCUUUAAUUGCCUGCCAUUAUAUUACCCUACUUGAAUUACAUAUUAGGUUUUAAUGACCACAUGUAAGUCAAAGUACCUUUGGUUUGCAAACCAUUCAGUUUCUUCUGACUCUUGACCAUCUCAAUGAAUUAAUAUUUGUGUACUUGUGCCAUUGUAGGUUGUACUGUAGCUGUUUAAUAUGUGAAAUCUAAAUGGCACCUUUGACUUUGAUAGCUAAGAUGUGUUUCAUGUAUUUCUAAAGCUUUUAGACCACAGUAGUGUAAGUUGUUAAAAGAUGGUGAACUGGGUUUGUGUUUCUUUUAAGGAGGAAAUGAUAUUAGAAAAUACAGCCUUUUGUAGGAGUGUUUAUUUGUCUUAAGAUAAUUUGUUUUAAUAUUCUACUUUAGAUAACAAGAGUGAUUUAAUUUUUUAUUUUUUCAGAAACUAAGAAUUUCCUAUGAAUGGUUCUGUGUUGGAAGACAUACUGGAUUAAAAAUCUUUGGGGUUUAUAACAUACUGUUUGUCAGGUUUUAAAAGACCUCAUUUCCCCAGGUCAGAUUAAAACUUCUGAAAGUGCUUUCAGUAGCAGGAAUGGCAUUGCUGAAAAAGUUGAUGGCAGAUAAGCAUUUGGGGUAGUGUUUUAUUAACAUAUUUGUUAGUAUUUAUUUAUUAUGAAAAUGUAUACUUGACUAAAACCAUGUGUGGCUAUGGAAACCACUUUUGUAGUUCAGGAUAUACAAGUUUGUGUGUAUUUAGCUCAUUGUGUUAGUCUUGCAUUUAGCUGAAAGUAAGGAUUAAAAUUGCAUUUAAAGGGAUCGCUGGAUAUUACUCUUUGUGAAACUGAAUGUUUUGUGUGUCGCUUAUAAGCAUUAUCUAUGAAUCAGUACUUAGGAAGAUUUCACUUUCUUAACCUAUCAAUAUAGAGAAUAAAGUAUGAAAAAUUAAAAAGA